AUGGAUAUCGACUGCCAAAGAUUGAAGUUGCCACAAGAAAUUCUCCGUGUGAUUUGCUCUCACGUUAGUCUACACGAACUUUCAAAACUUAGAUUUGUCUCAAAGGACUUUUCUAAUGCUGCAGCAACUUAUUUUUUCAAAGACAUAUCAUUCAAAUUCGAGGCUUCAUCAUUUCAAAACUUAUUGAAUAUCGCCUGUCACUCUAACUUACGACGUUACGUUUCAAAGCUCACAACGAUAGAAGUAAAACCACCCAGAUUCGAACCCAAUAUUCACGAACGCGAACGAAGUCUUACAUCGUUUUCUAAGCCGGAGAUAGAAAAACUCGAAAAGUUGAAGAAUUUCUACCUUUUGGUCAACAAAUUCCUCGUUCCUCAAGUUCCCACGUUUCUUAAUUGCAUGAAAAACCUCAAGUCACUUUCCUUGGGACAAGCAACUGGGGCUGACGUUGAAUUUCAGUAUUGGCAUGAUGCGAGAGAUUUUUCACAAUUGGUCAACCCAAGUACAACGUUUCCGUCAUUGGAAUCUCUGGAAAUCAACGAUUUGUAUUUGAACGAGCAGUAUUUCCAAGAAUUUUUACUCAAUAACGUAAAUUCUUUGCGUUCACUCAAGCUUCGCAAUGUGAAGAUUGAAAUUACCAAGAAAGACUUAGAGUCCAAGGAAUAUCUCAAAAGUAAUUCAUGGAUUCGAAUGUUCUACUUUUUCGCCCAAUCAUUAAAUCUAAAGGAAAUUAAACUGGGUGGAAAUUUGCUUACAUCAUGUUCAGGACAUUGGAGUUCAGACUGUUAUUGUGAAGAUGGUUGCAAACAUUGUAAUUCAUCGAGUUUGAUGUUGACCCUUCAAGAUUUCAUUACACAUGUUGAGGGUUCGUCAUUUCCUUUGCCACAUCCAGAUGAAGACCUUAGCAAUGUGGAUAUGAAAGAGUGCUGCUUUAAAACCGGAUUUGGUAACCACACUGACACAACGGAUCCUGUAUUUUAUUGGCAUCCGAAAAUGGAGAGGAGAGGAAGUAUUCGAUUAUUGGAAAAGGAGCCAUUCAAACCUUCUACCUUCAAAGCAUUCAUGUCAUGGACUGAGUCAGAGUCAGAUUCGGAUUCAGAGUCAGAUGAUGAUAGAGAGGAGGAAGAGGGGGAAAAGGAAGAUGGGGAGGAGGAAAAAAUUCCGAACAGACCAGAGAACAGCUCCCCACGACACUCCGCAUUCGAUUACACCGUGACUCAAAUCCGAGCCAACAGAAAUCUAUGGAUCGAUGAGGAGAAAACUUCGUUAUUGUAUACCUUACUAGAGGGGUUUACAGAAGAGGAUGAAUGA